CAGGGAGCCUCCCCAGCCUCCGGAGGAACAGCCACAAUAGCCACCUCUGAACACCAGGAGCAACUGCCUCUGAACUAGGUGGAGCCAUUGGUCAAGGACCAUCUUAGAGAUGCUGGUGUCACAUGUUUUCCUUCUAACCCUCUCCCUCUCUGUGCCUUCACUUGGGCAAUAUGAGCACUGGCCGUAUUACCCAGAAUAUCAAGGGCCCCCAGAACCCCCACCAACUCAGCCCAAAAUUGUGCCACAGAUCCAUGUCAGGCUGGCAGGGGAGAAGCGAAAGCACAAUGAGGGGCGAGUGGAGGUUUAUUAUGAAGGAGAGUGGGGCACAGUCUGUGAUGAUGACUUCUCCAUGUAUGCUGCCCAUAUAGUCUGUAGAGAGUUGGGCUACCAAGAAGCAGUGUCAUGGUCACCAAGCUCCAAGUAUGGAAAAGGAGAAGGACGUAUUUGGCUGGAUAAUGUGAAUUGCAAUGGAAGAGAGAGAAGCAUUGCCUCCUGUAGCUCUAAUGGAUGGGGUGUGACAGACUGCAAGCACAGUGAGGAUGUUGGGGUACAGUGUAGCGACCGGAGGAUCCCUGGAUUUAAAGUCAGCAAUGAGCUGCCGGGACAUCUGGAGGGGCUGAAUAUUCAAGUAGAAGAUGUGCGAAUCCGCCCUAUUUUGUCUGCCUAUCGUAAGCGUGUGCCAGUGACGGAAGGGUUUGUGGAAGUAAAAGUGCAAGGCAGCUGGAGACAGGUGUGCAAUACUCAGUGGAGCAGCAGGAACAGCCGAGUGGUGUGUGGCAUGUUUGGCUUCCCUUCAGAAAAGAAAUACAACACCAAGGUGUACAAGAUGUUUUCAUCCCGUCGGAAGCACACUUACUGGCAAUUCUCUGCAAACUGCACAGGAAACGAGCCCCAUCUUUCUUCCUGCAAGGUGGGGGGUGUCAUUUCACCCGAUCCCAAAACCAAUCAGACGUGCAGUGAUGGUGCCCCUGCCGUGGUCAGCUGUACCCCUGGACGGGCAUUUGCCCCCAGUCCCGGCACAGGCUUCAGGAAAGCAUUCCGACAAGAGCAGCCACUAGUACGCCUAAGGGGCGGAGCAAACGUUGGAGAAGGGCGCGUGGAGGUUCUGAAGAAUGGAGAAUGGGGAACAGUCUGUGAUGAUAAGUGGAACUUGGUCACCGCCAGCGUGAUCUGCAGGGAACUCGGGUUCGGUAGUGCCAAGGAAGCUCUUGUAGGAGCACAGUUGGGCCAAGGAAUGGGCCAAAUCCAUAUGAGUGAGAUCCAGUGCAAUGGCUUUGAGAAGUCACUAACAGACUGUAAAUUCAACAUCCACUCACAAGGCUGCAAUCAUGAGGAGGACGCUGCUGUGAGGUGCAACGUACCGGCCAUGGGCUUUGAAAACCAGGUACGUCUGAGUGGAGGACGUCAUCCAACUGAGGGACGAGUGGAGGUUCUGAUGGAACGGAAUGGAACCCUGCGCUGGGGAACGGUGUGCAGUGAGACCUGGGGCACGAUGGAAGCCAUGAUUGUUUGCCGCCAACUGGGACUGGGAUUUGCUAGCCACGCAUUCCAGGAGACCUGGUACUGGCAAGGAGAUAUCAAUGCCGAUGAUGUUGUCAUGAGUGGAGUGAAAUGCUCAGGUACAGAGAUGUCUCUGGCACAUUGCCGGCAUGAUGGUGCCAACGUCAAUUGCCCCCGAGGAGGAGGACGCUUUGCUGCUGGAGUAUCUUGUGUGGAGACUGCCCCAGAUCUUGUGCUAAAUGCCGCCCUGGUGGAGCAAACCACAUAUCUAGAGGACCGGCCAAUGUUCAUGCUGCAGUGUGCCCAUGAGGAGCAGUGUCUGGCCUCCUCAGCUGAUCGCACCAGUCCUACUACUGGUUACCGCCGCCUCCUGCGCUUCAGCUCCCAGAUUCACAACAAUGGUCAGGCCGACUUCCGCCCCAAGACUGGCCGACAUGCCUGGAUAUGGCACGACUGUCACCGCCAUUACCACAGCAUGGAAGUUUUCACCCACUACGAUCUGCUGACUCUGAACGGGACCAAAGUUGCAGAGGGACAUAAGGCCAGCUUCUGCCUAGAGGAUUCCGAGUGUGAAGCAGAUAUCCAGAAGCAGUAUGUCUGUGCAAAUUUUGGGGAGCAAGGGAUCACAGUGGGCUGCUGGGACCUUUACAGACACGAUAUUGACUGUCAGUGGGUUGAUAUCACAGACGUUGCGCCAGGCGAUUACUUUUUCCAGAUUAUCAUUAAUCCAAACCAGGAGGUGGCAGAGUCCGACUAUACUAAUAACAUCAUGAAGUGCCGCUGUCGGUAUGACGGACAACGAAUCUGGAUGUACAACUGUCAUAUAGGUGGAUCGUACAGCACAGAAACCGAGGAGAAAUUUGAACAUUUUAGUGGGCUCCUCAAUAACCAGCUCUCCACUCGGUAGACCGAGAUUCCUUGCAAUGGGACAAUGGCUUCUAUAAUUAUACAGAGGGAGCACCACCUAACCCCAAAGCCAGAGGGGCUUGAUAGAAUCAUGAGCUCCUGCUAGACCUUCCAUAACCAUCUGACAAUAGUGUUGGCUCCAGCGAGUAUAUUAUGCAUUAUACAUUCCAUCCCACUUAUUUCUGUGUCAUUGCUCGGGACUGUUUAUGUAGCACAUUAUUCACAUGUAAUCACGGGACCUCUCCAGCCGUGUGAUGUAGAUCAGGCGUGUCUGGAUUCCUCGGGAAUGUGGGAGACAUUUAUUCAGGGCUUCUGUGACAUAAUCCUUGGUCUGUCCUAACUUUGCCGUAUCACAAUAUGUAUGAAAGAUAAGAAUUGAGCCAAAUGUAUAUCAUGUGAAUGGCAGUCCUUGAGUGUGGGUGUUGUAGGGUGAAACUAAAUUCAGCAGGACUCUCAGCUUUGCUUGUUGAAAGGUACAGUAUGUUAAUCUGUUCCUUUGUAAAAUAAGUGGUGCAGCACCCCCCCCCCCCCCCCGUAUCCCUGGUCCUGCGUCGGCCUUAAAUUGGUGCUACCACAACACGACUGCUGCUACCCACUUGUUAUAUUGGUGCUAUUAAACCUGGGAGUAUGCCUACAAGCA